UCUCGUAGACUCACAAUCUCACGUCAAGGAAGUUGGUUUAGUAAUUUUACGUCAUUUGAUCCAUCAUGCAUUACCAAGUGGGUUUGAUUGUGCUCCAACUUCUUCUCUCAGUAAAUGGGUGGUCUUUCGACCGAUACGAUAACCGGGUUUUAAGAAGGCCUGAUACAAUUUACCGACAUAAAAGAACUCAAAUGCAGGUUAAAACAAGUCAAUGUUUAUUUAAAAUUUGUGAAAAUGUGCCUUCAUACCCUGAAAAUAAAAUACGAGCAAUGAUUGAAGAAAAUAAAGCUCUACAUUCCUACUUUGGGGACAGUGUUAUAGAACCAUCAAGCUUAGACUCAGGCAUUUCGAUUGUAUCAAGGAAUAAUGAGGUAAUGGAACCCUUUUGUAGAACUAGGGAUGUAUCAUCUCUUCCGCGAUUAAUGAUGGAUGUUGAUCAUGUUGAAAGAUCGAUUGCUAACACCGAUAAGUACAAACAAGUUAUAAAAUAUCAAAUCUGCGACUUUGAAGAGAACGAAGGCUGUUUUCCGGGGUCUAUACUCAAUUUAAAGACUAGAUGUGUGCAAAAAUAUAAUGUCAUUAAGCUGAUGACAGCAAAUUUGGAAACUAAUUCCCUAGAGUAUCGAAAGUUUGAAAUACCAAGCACUUGUGUGUGUACAUACACCAGAGAAGAAUAAUUUUUUCACAAUUAUGUAGUUUUGURAUACACGAAUUUUACGAUUAUAAUAAACAUCUUAUCAAA